AAAAGGCAUUGACCCUAAAGAUCAGAGCUUUGGCGUCGGACGGGAAAUCUGCGGAUGAUUAUAUAUGAAGAAUACUAAUAAUGUAUGGUCUUCUCUUCCAAGCAAACUCCUUUCUUCCUCACGGCCGAGUUCCCACACCUUCUCGUUUACGUCAAAAGUUGGAAUUUCCUUUUCCGUUUCUAAUUUCUACCCAAUUUUCUAUAUCAUCCAUCCCCCCAAGGAAUAUGCCAUAAUCAAUGGCCAAUAUCAACUAGUCAAUCAUCGCUUGAUCGAUCAGCAUCCUGUUUCUAAUUACCCAUUUGUUGGAUUGAUAACUUGAUACUGAAAUUUGAGAAAAUUUUCUGAAUUUUCCUGGACACGAUUCUGAUGGGUGUCGUUGCUGAUUCUCAUACCGGAGGUGUUGGUGUUGGAGGGGGAAAAUCUUCAUGGGCUGUUGUUGGGUUGAAGAGUUUGGUGAGAAGAAAGCAAGUUGAUUCCAUUCACGCGAAAUCUUCAAACUCCGGCCAUCAUCAGUUGGCCAAGGCUUUAUCGGUUCCUCAUCUUAUUGCUGUUGGAGUUGGUUCAACCAUUGGUGCUGGAGUUUACAUUCUGGUGGGUACAGUAGCUAGGGAGCAUUCAGGACCAGCGCUUACCAUUUCAUUUCUAAUAGCUGGGAUAGCCGCAGCUCUAUCAGCCUUUUGUUAUGCAGAGCUUUCGAGUCGCUGCCCUUCAGCCGGGAGUGCCUAUCAUUAUUCAUACAUAUGUGUGGGGGAAGGAGUUGCUUGGUUAGUCGGUUGGGGUCUCAUAUUAGAAUAUACUAUUGGCGGUUCUGCAGUUGCUCGUGGUAUAUCACCCAAUCUGGCUAUGCUUUUCGGCGAUGCUGAUAGUCUGCCUGCUUUUCUAGCACGACAUACUAUACCUGGAAUGGGUAUCGUGGUUGACCCGUGUGCAGCUAUACUAGUUUUCAUUGUGACAGCACUUUUAUGUGUUGGAAUUAAGGAGAGCACACAAGUACAGGGGAUAGUUACAAUAGCAAAUGUGUGCGCCAUGUUUUUUGUAAUUAUUGCUGGUGGAUAUCUUGGUUACAAAACAGGCUGGGUUGGCUAUGAACUUCCUGUUGGGUACUUUCCUUAUGGAGUGGAUGGGGUGUUUGCUGGCGCUGCAACUGUCUUCUUUGCAUAUAUCGGCUUUGAUUCAGUUGCUAGCACUGCGGAAGAGGUGAAGAAUCCUCAAAGAGAUCUGCCAUUGGGUAUUGGUAUUGCUUUGUCCAUAUGUUGUACAUUAUACAUGUUGGUUUCUGGUAUUAUUGUUGGUUUAGUACCCUACUAUGCUAUGGACCCGGACACACCCAUCUCUUCUGCCUUUGCAAGCCAUGGAAUGAAGUGGGCAGCGUAUGUUAUAACCCUCGGGGCUACUACAGCUCUUUGCUCGACAUUAAUGGGCUCGAUCUUACCUCAGCCAAGAAUAUUGAUGGCGAUGUCAAGGGAUGGUUUACUGCCAUCAUUCUUUGCUGAUGUAAACAAACAGAGCCAAGUUCCUGUUAAAAGCACUGUUGUGACCGGUCUAGUUGCUGCAAUAUUGGCAUUCUUCAUGGAUGUAGAACAGUUGGCUGGGAUGGUGAGUGUUGGCACGCUGAUUGCAUUUACAAUGGUCGCUAUUUCUUUAUUGAUAAUUCGAUAUGUCCCGCCAAACGAAGUACCAAUUUCAUCAUCAUUUCAUGAGUCGGUUGUUUCUAUUCCAUUUUUGUAUGAUGCUACUCAAGAAAAUGUAGAUGAGAAAGAAGAUGAUAUCAAAUGUGAUGCUGGAAGUUCUGGAGACAGCAAUGAAAGUGUGGGCAUUGUCAAUGAAAGGAGACGGAAAAUUGCAGGUUGGACCAUAGUGCUUACUUGUAUUGGUUCUCUUCUUCUUACAUCAGCUGCUUCAAGUGUUGGCCUCCCGAGUUUGUUCAGAUACACGGUGUGCUCAAUAGGUGGCAUUGUUCUUUUAUCGGGUUUGGUAGUGCUAACAUGUAUUGAUCAAGACGAGGCUAGGCUUAACUUUGGCCACAUAGGAGGUUUCAUAUGCCCAUUUGUCCCACUUCUACCUAUCAUUAGUGUCCUCAUCAAUAUGUAUUUGCUCAUAAAUCUUGGAUCUGCUACUUGGGCACGCGUGUCUAUAUGGAUGGUUCUCGGAGCUCUUGUCUACGCUGUCUAUGGACGUCGUCACAGUGCUCUACACGAUGCUAUCUAUGUCCCUGCAGCCCGUGCGGAGCAAAUGUACAGAAAUUCAAAUGCUUUGGCUUAAAACGCAUAUUGGAGUAAGGUUUUAUAUGUCUGAAAUUGAUCUUGAUUUUGAUUAAUAGCGAUCACAUAUUUGUUUCUUUCUUGCUUAUUUAUUGGAUUGCUAAAGGAGAAGAUUUGCAUUUUCACCCACCCAUCAUCCCUGUAUUCUGUACAGAAUCUGUUGUAUUAAUGUAUAAACACUAAAAUAAUGUAUAUAUAAUAUAUACAUAUACAUAUGUGCAAUUUUAACAAUUUCAUUCAUAAUUUGGAAUGCUUA